CCUGGUUCCCUGGGAACCACGGCGCGUGCGCCCAGCUUCAAAUUCAAGCCCCAAACCUUUUACGGAAGAGGAAGGGUGCCUCCUUUCGGUCCAUCCGCUUUUGCGGGUGCAGUUGCUACGGGCGACCGUAGGCUCCAGUUUCUCGGUAGUGGAUUCAAAGGGUCUGAGAACAGCACCUUCCCAGAGUGCUGCGCGACAACGCCUGCAGGUUUGCUGUCAUGGCCGGGGUGCUGAAAAAGACCACCGGUCUCGUGGGACUGGCAGUAUGUGAGACCCCGCGGGAGCGACUAAAGUUACUAUAUUCAAAGAUUCUCGAUGCUCUUGAGCUUAUCCCUGCAAAUGCGGCCUAUAGAAAGUACACUGAACAAAUUACAAAUGAAAGGUUGAAUAUGGUGAAAGAGGAAACAGAUCUUCAGAAACUAGAGGAUAAACUUCAGGCUGGACAACUAGAAGAAGUUAUUCUUCAGGCUGAAAAUGAAUUAUUACUGGCAAGAAAAAUGUUGACAUGGAAACCCUGGGAGCCUUUAGUGGAAGAACCACCAGCCAACCAGUGGAAAUGGCCAUUAUAAUCAAUGUUAAAAUCUGUGAUAUACAAUUUUUUUUUUUAACCAUUAAACAUCUGUUUAAAUACUAUUAAAAUAUUUUUUGGAUUACUGGAAUUUCAUUAAUAGGAAAAUGAAACAAGGUAGUUAGGGACAUAAAUUAGUGAAGGAUUAAUAUGUGAUAGGAUGGAACAUAGUCAUUUUAAUUCGAAAAGCAUUUAUUCAUAAAAUAGAUUAUUUUGAAAUUCCCUUAAAGAAAAUGAUUGCACUGUCAUUUGGAAAAUUGAAUCAGAAAUUGUUUUAAGCAAAUCUUCAGUCCAGGAGAGACUAAUUUUUAAGGCAUGAGAAACAAUCAGAAAUUGGAGUAUAAUCUGGAUAGGUAUAAGGAAGAUUUCCUUUGGUAUUUUUCAACAUUUAGUUUAAAAGUUUGUGCCAAGUAAUUAAUUUCUAGAAAAGAACUGAAUAAGAUGUAUGCUUGAAUUUUAAUUGAACACUUCUAAAAUGAUGAAUUAUUGUAGGGCAAGCUUUUAAUUAGCCAAGAUUCUAAAACUUUUUAAUUGAAUGUUUUUAUAUAAUUACAUGCAUUUUUCCACAUUAUAAAAGUAAGUAAUAAUGAGAUUUUCAAACUGAGAUUGACAUCGUUGGCUUUGAGUGUAUUUCAUGAAGAAAAAUCUAAAUUUAAUGUAUUCAAAUUUGUCUUAUGUAUAUUAAACUGAAGUGCUUACUGAAUUCAUUGUAGAAUUCAAUUUAUUUUUUGCUAAUUUUUUCCAUAUGAUUUCCCCCAUAUUCAUCUGUUUUCUUUUUGUUUUCACCUUUUUGUGUCAUUUUUUGCCCUUGCUUUUUUGGAUACUUAAAAGAAUACUAGAUUGGGUAUUUGAAGGAAAUAAAAAAAGAAAGCUUAUUUUCUAUGAGAAGCAAUUGGAGAAGCUCCUCAUUUUCUGCAACUCCAUUUAAAGACAAUUAUAUCCUGGCUGUUAGCUAAGCUGUUUAAGUUGAAUAAUUUGUAGGCUAUCUCAAAACCAAAGAUGGAAUUGCUAUAAUGAAAGAAAUUUUGAGAAUUCAUGUUGUCUUUAUAUUCAAAGCAUUCCAAUUAGAUAUUUGGAGUGGAUACAAUAGAUCUCACAGAAAUUUUCACAUAGUAGCUAGCAAUAUAUUACAAAAAUCAUUAUUAGAAAUAAGCAGUAGAUCAUUUGGAGAAAGCAAAUUAAAUUUUCCCCUAAAUUUUUUAUUUGUAAUAUUUCUCUCUUUCUCUCCUCUUUAAAAAACAAUACAUGUCCAGUUGAAAUUUUUAGCUGCAGUAUACCCAUGUUUACUUUUAUUUUUUCCAUUUUUAUGUACUUUCCCAAGAAACAUAUAUGGUCUGUUUUGGGGUGAGAUUCUAUAUUUAGUACUACAAAUCCUUGAUAUAUUAAACAUGAUUACAUUUAAUUUUGAAUCACAGAGUACGUUAUACUUACUAGAAUCAACAUAACAGGGUUGUAAAGCAUCCCAAAAUACAACAAAUGGUGUUUGACUAAUAAAUCUUAAUCCUCAA